AUGACCGACACUGCAGCGCCGAUCCAGCUUCCCGUCAUCGACAUCUCCGAUCCCCACGACCCCGCCGUGGGGAAGGCGAUGCUCGACGCGGCGGCGAAGUAUGGCUUCCUCUACGUGAACAGCCAGGGCAGUGACUUUACCGCCGAGGACGUGGACCAUGCCUUUGGGCUGUCCAAGAAGUUCUUCGCCUCCCCCGCGGCCGAGAAGGAGCCGUGUCGCAUUGGACCGAAUAACCGCGGCUGGUCCGGCAUGCAUACCGAGACGCUCGAUCCGGAGCACCAGCGACGAGGAGACUUCAAAGAAGCCAUGAACUUCGCCCUCUUCGAAAACGGCAAAGCACAGCAGCCGCUGCCCCCAUCACUAACCCCCCACGAGUCUGAUAUCGACGCCUUCGCCCAGCUCUGCAACAAGACCUGCAACCGGAUCCUGACUCUUCUAGCCCUCGGCCUAGAGAUCCCACAGGACUUCUUCACAACCCGCCAUGAGCCCAGCUCCGGCCGCACCGGCAGCAUCCUGCGCUACCUCUACUACCCAUCGAUCUUCUCGCCGACGACGUCCUCCUACGCACACGACAAGGACGUCCGCGCCGGCGCGCACUCGGACUACGGCAGCAUCACGCUGCUCUUCCAGCGGCCUGGCCAGCCGGGGCUGGAAAUCCGCACGCCCGAGGGCACCUGGGCGCCGGUGCCCAUUGUGCCGGGCCCCGCCGGUGCGAGCUUCCCCUUCCCGCCGAUCCUGGUCAACAUCGGCGACCUGCUGAGCUACUGGACGGACGGGCUGCUGCGGUCGACCGUGCACCGGGUGGUGUUUCCGCUGGAGGAGCAGCGUAGCCCUAACCCGUCGGACCGGUAUACGCUGGUGUAUUUCUGUCACCCGAUUGAUGCAACGGAGCUGGUGCCCGUGCCGAGUGCGGUGGUGAAGGCUCACCGGGAGGCGACGGGCGGGGUGGACAGCGGGAUGGUUGGGUUUGGCGGCGGCGCCGGGCUUUUGGAGCCUGGGAAGAGGCCGUUGACGGCGGCGGAGCAUUUGGAGUCGCGCUUGGCAGCGACGUAUGGGUUUACGAAGGAGGAGUAG